AUGGAGAGAACAAUAUUCCCCGGUUUCGAUAUACCACCCGCUUCAGUUCAAUCGAUUAAUGGUAUCGCUAUUAUUCUCUUCAGCCCUGUCUACAACUGUAUAUGCGUGCCAAUAGCACGAGUUAUCACAGGAAAACCCUCAGGCAUCACAAUGCUUCAAAGAAUUGGAACUGGAAUUUUUAUAUCCAUAUUCACCAUAGUUAUUGCAGCCAUUGUUGAGAUUAAAAGACUUAAAACAGCAAAAGAGUAUGGUCUUGUUGAUGAUCCUAAUGCAACUGUUCCAAUGAGUAUAUGGUGGUUGGUUCCUCAAUACUUUUUGUUUGGAGUUUCUGAGGUUUUUACUAUGGUUGGUCUUCAAGAGUUUUUCUAUGAUCAAGUCCCAAAUGAACUAAGAAGCAUGGGACUUGCACUCUACUUAAGUAUUGUUGGUGUUGGAAGCUUUUUAAGUGGAUUUCUCAUUUCUCUGAUUCAAAAUUUGAGUGGCAAAGAUGGUCAUGAAAGUUGGUUUUGUGACAAUAUCAAUAAGGCACAUCUUGAUUACUUUUAUUGGCUUCUGGCUGGAUUAAGUGUUAUGGAGUUUACUUUGUUCCUUUAUUUUGCACAAUAUUACCCUUAUAAUCACAAGGGUACCAUCACACAAGCAUAA